CUCAGAUACAGCACCGAGAGCUCUGUUCACUGCCACUGUCACAGAGGAGCACUCCUGCUUUGGCUUCCAGGGUUUUUUUCUACUCAAGCAAGGAGAAUGAGUCUGUGCACAAGUGUGUUGUUUGUCUUACAGGUGGUGUUACAGCUGUACUCUGAUGUCCAAGCACAAGGCACAGUCUAUGACCUCCUGGUGUCGCCUGACUGUUUGCCGGACCUGCUGCAGCGGGGGCUGGAGGACCAAUCGAUCGAUGAGGUUUUUGUCCUCUCAUCCUUCCAGCUUCAGACCAAGACCCAGACCCCAGUGUUUGGCCUGCACAGUCCCAAGAAUAACAGCAAGUACUUUGAGUUUGCAGUGCACGGGAAGCCUAACAAAGCGAUUCUGCGGUACCUGAGGGGUGACGGCAGGCUGGGCACUGCCUCUUUCAGUAACGUGCCGCUGGCCGACGGGCGCAGCCACUCCGUCAUGUUCCACCUGAGCGGCCUGCGGCAGGGCCCCGGCAGGAUGGACUUCUACGUGGACUGCAGGUUGGUGGAGACUGUGGCAGACCUGCCCGCCGCCUUCAGGGGCCUGCCUAGAGGAGCCAACAUGGUGGAGCUCAGGACCAUGCAGAGGAGGUCGCAAGAUGCGCUGGAGGACCUGAAGCUGGUGAUUGGUGACUCAGUAGAUAAUGUAGCCUCAUUACAAGACUGUAACCUUCCGCAAAGUGACUCAGUUCAGGUUUUGGGUGUCAAUACAAGACAGUUGUCUAAUCAGAUGGUCGAGCUCACCAGGGUGAUCUCAGAGCUGAAAGAUAUCCUCAACCAGCAGGUCAAGGAAACAGCUUUCCUGAGAAAUACUAUUUCAGAAUGCCAAGCAUGUGGACUAGGACUAGGACCAGAACUAGGACCAGGAACAGGAACAGGACCAGGAACGGGACCAGGUCUAGGUCCUCAGGGGCUCUACAAUAAAGACCCAGUCAAGUGCCCCCCUGGGUCAUGUUUCCGUGAUGACACAUGCAUUGUGACAGGGAGCGGGAUCCAGUGCGCACCUUGUCCCAACGGAUUCACUGGUGAUGGAGUCAGCUGUGAUGAUGUGGAUGAGUGCCAAUUUAACCCUUGCUUCCCUGGGGUGAGAUGCAUCAACACGGCCCCAGGAUUCAGGUGUGAGGCCUGUCCCUCCGGCUUCACUGGCCAGGCAGUUCAGGGAGUAGGCAGGGCCUAUGCACAGACACACAAGCAGGUGUGCAAGGAUAUAAAUGAGUGUGAAGGACCAGGCAAUGGAGGCUGCACUGCUAAUUCACACUGCCACAACACAGAGGGUUCAUUCUACUGCGGGGCCUGUAAGCCCGGAUACAAGGGGGACCAGGAGAAGGGCUGCCGUUCUGAGAAGAGCUGCGGGAACAACCUGGACAACCCCUGUGACUCCAACGCGCACUGCGUGGUGGAGAGGGACGGCACCAUCAGCUGCGUGUGUGACAUUGGAUGGGCUGGAAAUGGCUACGAGUGUGGCAAGGACACAGACAUUGAUGGAUAUCCGGACUACAGGCUCUCGUGCAGGGACCCCAACUGUGAGAAGGACAACUGCGUCUACGUCCCCAACUCCGGCCAAGAGGACGCGGACAUGGAUGGGCGGGGCAAUGCGUGUGACGAGGACGCUGACGGGGAUGGAAUCCUGAAUGAAGAUGACAACUGCUGGCUGAAGCCCAACUUCGACCAGAGGAACAGCGACAAGGACAACCACGGCGACGCCUGUGACAACUGCCGCAACGUAGAGAACCCCGACCAGAGGGACACAGACAGUGACGGCAAGGGGGACGCCUGCGACGACGACAUCGACGGGGACGGUCUGAAGAAUUUUCUGGAUAACUGCCCGAGGGUCCCCAACCGUGACCAGCGGGACACGGACAAUGAUGGAGUCGGGGACGCCUGUGACAGCUGCCCCAACAUCCCCAACCCCAACCAGUCAGACAUUGACAAUGACCUAGUGGGAGACUCCUGUGACACAAACCAAGACAGUGACGGCGACGGGCACCAGGACACCAAAGACAACUGUCCCAACGUCAUUAACAGCUCGCAGCUGGACACGGACAAGGACGGCCUCGGGGACGAGUGCGACGACGACGAUGACAAUGAUGGCAUCCCUGACAUUGACCCGCCUGGGCCGGACAACUGCCGGCUGGUGGCCAACCCCGACCAGACAGACAACAACAGCGACGGGGUGGGUGACAUCUGUGAGACGGACUUUGACCAGGACCGGGUGAUUGACAGGAUCGACAACUGCCCCGAGAAUGCGGAGGUCACCCUGACCGACUUCAGGGCCUACCAGACCGUGGUGUUGGACCCCGAGGGCGAUGCCCAGAUCGACCCCAACUGGGUGGUCCUCAAUCAGGGAAUGGAGAUUGUGCAGACAAUGAACAGUGACCCUGGCCUUGCUGUUGGUUACACAGCCUUCAGCGGGGUGGACUUCGAGGGCACCUUCCACGUGAACACGGUGACAGACGACGACUACGCCGGCUUCAUCUUCGGCUACCAGGACUCGUCCAGCUUCUACGUGGUGAUGUGGAAGCAGACAGAGCAGACGUACUGGCAGGCCACGCCCUUCAGGGCCGUGGCUGAGCCCGGCAUCCAGCUUAAGGUUGUGAAAUCCUCAUCUGGACCUGGUGAACACCUGAGGAAUUCCCUCUGGCACACAGGAGACACCAAAGACCAGGUGAAACUGUUGUGGAAGGACCCGCGCAACGUGGGCUGGAAGGACAAGGUCUCCUACCGUUGGUACCUGCAGCACCGCCCCCAAGUCGGUUAUAUCCGGGCCCGAUUCUACGAAGGUCCUGCGCUAGUGGCUGACACUGGAGUGAUCAUCGACACCACCAUGAGGGGUGGACGGCUGGGGGUGUUCUGCUUCUCCCAGGAGAACAUUAUCUGGUCCAACCUGAAGUACCGCUGCAACGAUACUAUCCCAGCAGACUACCAAGAAUUUUCCGCACAGAACCCCAGUGGCUCUCUGGAAUCAUCAAUUUGAUAUAUGGCAGAAGGAGAGGAGAGCAAGACAGAAGAAUCAAUGAAUUUUCAAUGGGCAUAUCUGUCACACCCUUGCAAGGGACCUUGGAGUGUCAGGAGACUACCACAUGCAGGGAGAGCAAAAAUGUGUUCAUUAGACGGGCAGUGCAAUGGGGAGUUUGCAUUCUGUUGCCAUCUAGAGUAUCAGCAUGCACAAAGCUCUGCACAUAUAAAUCCUUUUUUUGCAUUAAACAUGUUUUCACAAUCGGAUUUAUUGUGGUUUUGGGAGGAAAAUCCUGGUUACACAUGAUACAUUAUCCAGGAACAUGAAAUAUUCUUGAUCACUGAGAAGAAUGUCUACAGGAGAUAAGUUUGCACUUGUGCAGACAGCUUCAGUCUCCUUAUCAGUCUGAUAGUACUAGAAUGUCUCAUGUCUGGUUGAAAAAAGAAAGUUCACUGUAGGUGAGAGAAAAUUAAAGCAGGCCCAGUAGAAAGCAGAGUUACACUAUCACAAAUGUUUAAAUGAGCUGGAGAAAAUUUGAAAAACUAAUUUGAAAAUGUUUCUGUGUUUCUGUGUAUGUUGUGGAUGUAUUUACUAGAUGACAUCUUCCAUUGGCCCAUUUCUUAUACCAUGAACAUUAAGCUGUAUUUACUCUUUGUAUUUAGGUUCUUAUUUCAUUCAUAAAUAAAAAAAGUGGUUAUUCCUUGCUAUAAAAGAAACAUAAAUAAUAA